GUCAAAAAAACACAUUACAGCAGGCCCCUCCAUCUCCUCCGCCGCUCCCUCACAUCACAACAAAAAGUGCACCCAGAUCUCUCUCUCUCAUUGGAACCAAUGAUCCAUCGUUAAGUCUCGCUCACAAUCACAAAUGCCCAGAACCCACAAAUCAAAGCUUCUUCACCAUCUCCAAAUUUCAACAUGGCUAAACACCUCAAAAGGCACUCAAACCCCACCAAAAACCCAGAUCCCCUUCACUUGCCAAACCAAUUCUUGUCUAUUCCCAACUCUCACAGGCUUAGGCCAAGCAUAGACAUCAAUUUGCAAGCUAAAUCCAUGACAGUUUCUGCUGAUUUCAUCAGAACCCCAAAUAAGAAACCCAUUUCUCAAAUCAAAGAUACAGUAGUGGAACACAAGGAGAGGAGGGUCAAGAAAUCUUCUUCUUCUUCUUCUUCUAAAGAGUUGAACAAGAAGAAACCACAGCUGGAAGAAGGCCAAUUGACAGAAAAGAAGCUAAUUUCAUUGGAUGGCAGAAGGAGAUCCUUCUGUGGGUCACAGGUGGAAUUGGCAGAUGUUCUUGCAAACAGUGGUGCCAAAGUGGUUUCCUUUGAUAUGCCACCAUUUAUGCAGAUUCAUGCUGUUAAUUGUGCAAGAAAGACCAUUGACAGUCUUGAAAAAUUCACAUCCAAGGCCCUUGCACUCACUCUCAAGAAGGAGUUCGAUGGGGUGUAUGGGCCGGCAUGGCACUGCAUUGUUGGAACAAGUUUUGGGUCAUUUGUUACACAUUCAGUUGGUGGGUUUCUGUAUUUCUCAAUGGAUCAAAAGUUGCACAUCCUCUUGUUCAAGACAGCAGUUCAAAGAGCAGACUGACUUUUAUUGUCCCUCUCAUCCCAGCAGCUUUUGUACAUUGAUUUUGCUGAUAUCAACGAUGACCCUUUAAUGUGGUCUAAACUACAAGACAUUUUGUGCAACUGUUAGGUAUUUAUAAAGAAAGUACUUCACUACUUCA